AUGGGCAAAAUAGAGGAGAGACCAUUUUUGCAACCUUUAAACCUCCGAUUUGAGGGAAAAGAACUGGACCAUCAAUUUUUGUAUAUGCCAAAUUGUCCAAUGCCCUUAUUUGGAAGGGAUCUUUUGUCUCGACUAAAUGCAAAAAUAAUAUUUGAGAAAGGACGAGUAAAAUUGGAGAUACCGGAUGAACAGAUAGCAGGUAUAUUUAUGAUUAAAGAAAUAGAUGCUUCAGCUAUUCCUGAAGAAAUUGAACAGGCAGUAGUACCAUGGGUAUGGGAAAUGGGAAUCCCGGGGAAAUCAAAGGCAGCCCAACUGGUGAAAAUAGAGUUAAAGGAAGGAGCUAAACCGGUAAGAGUGAAACAAUAUCCUUUGAAACUGGAGGCUAGGAAAGGAGUGGCUCCUCUGGUCAAGCAAUUUUUGGACCAAGGAAUCUUGCAGGAAUGUGAGUCAGAAUAUAACACCCCUAUUUUUCCAGUAAAGAAACCCAGUGGGAAAUAUCGGUUGGUCCAAGACCUAAGGGCUAUCAAUGAAAUAGUGAAGGACAUACAUCCAGUUGUUGCUAAUCCUUAUACCUUGUUGACAUCUGUAUCAGAGAAAUUUAAAUGGUUUUCUGUGAUUGACCUCAAAGAUGCCUUUUUCUGCAUCCCACUGGCAGUAGAAAGUAGGAAAUAUUUUGCUUUUGAAUGGGAGAACCCAGAUUCUGGGAGAAAGAGACAACUGACAUGGACAAGGCUCCCGCAAGGAUUUAAAAACAGCCCCACGAUAUUUGGAAAUCAAUUGGCCAAGGAAUUGGAGGACUAGAAGAAUACUCAGGUAACGAUAUCUCCCUUUGCCUAUGUGAUUUUACAGUAUGUGGAUGACAUCUUUUUGGGUACUGAGGAAAGAGAAAUAUGUGUCAAGCUAACUACUGAUUUGUUAAACAUGCUGGGUCAAGCUGGAUAUCGGGUUUCAAAGGAAAAAGCACAGUUGGUUAAAAACAACGUAAUCUAUUUGGGUUGCGAGAUUACCCAAGGUCAUAGACGAUUGGGGGUGAAUCGAGUGGAAACAAUAUGUGCUAUUCCAUUACCCCGUAAUCAUCAGGAACUGAGAUCCUUUUUGGGAAUGGUUGGGUGGUGUCGUUUGUGGAUAAUGAAUUUUGGUCUCCUUGCUAAACCACUGUAUGAGGCCUUGAAGGAGCACCAGCUGGAAUGGACAUCUCAGCGGAAAAGGGCUUUCCAGGAGCUGAAACAGGCAUUGAAGGAGGCCCCAGCUCUGGGACUUCCGGACUUAACCAAAGGAUUCCAGCUGUACGUCAACGAGAGACAGAAAUUGGCCUUGGGGGUUCUUACCCAGAAGGUCGGAACAUAGAAAAGGCCAGUGGGAUACUUUUCUAAACAGCUGGACUCGGUAAGCUCUGGGUGGCCCUCUUGCUUGCGAGCGGUAGCUGCAACAAUUGCCCUUAUCCAGGAGGCCCGGAAGUUGACCUUAGGAACAAAAAUGGAAGUAUUUGUUCCCCAUAUGGUCAUGGCCGUCCUGGAACAAAAGGGGGGACAUUGGCUGUCAUCCAGCCGUAUGUUGCAGUAUCAAGCAAUAUUGAGGGAACAAGAUGAUGUGAAAAUGAAAACCACUAACCAUGUCAAUCCAGCAGAAUUCUUGCGCGGAGACCGAGAGGAGGGAGAGUUGGCACACGAUUGUGUUGAAGUGAUUGAACAGGUGUAUGCCAGCCGACCUGACCUGAAAGAUGAACCAUUAGAGGAACCAGAUUGGGAACUCUACACGGACAGAUCCAGCUUCGUGGAAAAUGGGACUCGAUAUGCAGGCUAUGCUGUGGUAACCCUGGACCAGGUAAUAGAAGCCAAGGCACUGAUGCCCGGAACAUCUGCUCAGAAGGCAGAGAUAAUUGGACUUACUAGGGCCCUGUAUUUGAGUAAAGACAAGAAAGUUAAUAUAUGGACAGAUUCCAAAUAUGCAUUUGGUGUGGUCCACGUGCACGGGGCAUUGUGGAAAGAGAGGGGACUGUUGAAUUCACAGGGAGCCAGUGUUAAGCACCAAGAGGCAGUACUACAGCUGUUAGAUGCUAUACACAGUCCUGAGGUUGUUGCAAUUAUGCACGUGAGGGGACACCAAACCGCUGAGGGAAAAAUCUACCAGGGAAACCGGUUUGCUGAUGCCGUCGCAAGACAAGUUGCACGAAAGGUAUGGACUCAGAUGGCUCUAAUACCGGUAAGGACUAACCCCGCGACCCCAUACUUGAAUCAAGAACCAGUGUAUUCGACGGAGGAUGUGAAGCUAGUAAAUUUAUGA